ACUGCCCCGUCCUACGCGAGCCGCAUUUGCUACCCAAGCGUCCCCGGCAGUGUGAGGCUCUCACGGUCUCCGGCUCUCCCCCGCGCCUAGCCGGAGUCCAAGGGGGCGCGGGGUCCGGGGCAAGGGCCGGCCGGGCUGUUUGAUGGCUUCACUGAGAAGAGUGAAAGUGUUGCUGGUGUUGAACUUGAUUGCUGUGGCCGGCUUCGUGCUCUUUCUGGCCAAGUGCCGGCCCAUCUCGGUGCGCAACGGAGACGCCUUCCACGAGUUUCGGCCGCGCGCCGAGGCGGCCAACCUCAGCGUGCACAGCUCCAGCCCCAUCCAAGAGGCGGUCCUGAAGCGCCUGUCGCUUCUCGAGGACAUCGUUUACCGGCAGCUGAAUGGCUUAUCCAAAUCCCUUGGACUCAUUGAGGGCUACGGUGGGCGAGGCAAAGGGGGCCUACCUGCUACCCUUUCCCCAGCUGAAGAAGAGAAAGCCAGGGGACCCCAUGAGAAGUAUGGCUACAAUUCCUACCUCAGUGAAAAAAUCUCGCUGGAUCGUUCCAUUCCGGAUUAUCGCCCCACCAAGUGCAAGGAGCUCAGGUACUCCAAGGAGCUGCCGCAGAUCUCCAUCAUCUUUAUCUUUGUGAACGAGGCCCUGUCAGUGAUUCUGCGGUCAGUCCACAGCGCCGUCAAUCACACGCCGACGCACCUGCUAAAGGAAAUCAUCCUGGUGGAUGACAACAGUGACGAAGAGGAGCUGAAGGCCCCCUUGGAAGAAUAUGUCCACAAACGCUACCCUGGGCUGGUGAAGGUGGUGCGCAAUCAGAAGAGAGAAGGCCUGAUCCGUGCCCGCAUCGAGGGCUGGAAGGUAGCCACUGGCCAAGUCACUGGCUUCUUUGAUGCCCACGUGGAAUUCACUGCUGGCUGGGCUGAGCCCGUUCUGUCUCGUAUCCAGGAAAACCGGAAAAGGGUGAUCCUGCCCUCCAUCGACAACAUCAAGCAGGACAACUUUGAGGUGCAGCGGUACGAGAACUCGGCCCAUGGGUACAGCUGGGAGCUAUGGUGCAUGUACAUCAGCCCCCCGAAGGACUGGUGGGAUGCCGGAGACCCCUCCCUCCCCAUCAGGACACCUGCCAUGAUUGGCUGUUCCUUCGUGGUCAACAGGAAGUUCUUCGGUGAAAUCGGUCUCUUGGAUCCCGGGAUGGAUGUGUAUGGAGGCGAAAACAUCGAACUUGGAAUCAAGGUGUGGCUCUGCGGGGGCAGCAUGGAGGUCCUGCCCUGCUCACGGGUGGCCCACAUCGAGCGCAAGAAGAAGCCCUACAACAGCAACAUCGGUUUCUACACCAAGAGGAAUGCUCUCCGAGUGGCAGAGGUCUGGAUGGAUGACUACAAAUCGCAUGUAUACAUCGCAUGGAACCUGCCCCUGGAGAAUCCGGGGAUUGAUAUAGGUGACGUCUCCGAGAGAAGAGCACUGAGGAAGAGCUUGAAAUGUAAGAACUUCCAGUGGUACCUGGACCACGUGUACCCAGAAAUGAGAAGAUACAACAACACCAUUGCGUAUGGGGAGCUUCGUAACAACAAGGCGAAAGAUGUGUGCUUGGACCAGGGGCCACUGGAGAACCACACAGCAAUACUCUACCCAUGCCAUGGCUGGGGACCACAGCUUGCCCGCUACACCAAGGAAGGUUUCCUGCACUUGGGUGCCCUGGGGACUACCACUCUGCUCCCUGACACCCGCUGCCUGGUGGACAACUCCAAGAGUCGCCUGCCCCAGCUCCUUGACUGCGACAAGGUCAAGAGCAGCUUAUACAAGCGCUGGAACUUCAUCCAGAAUGGAGCCAUCAUGAAUAAGGGCACAGGGCGUUGCCUGGAGGUAGAGAACCGGGGCCUGGCUGGCAUCGACCUCAUCCUCCGCAGCUGCACCGGGCAGAGAUGGACAAUUAAAAACUCCAUCAAGUAGUGGGGAAGGGGCUCGGGCACCUGGAGCCUGGCUCUCGGGACACAGCCCUUCUAGCCUCAUGGACCAGCCACCCUGGCGGAGAGACAGCAACGAGCCAACAGGCGCUCGGGGGGCCUCCCAGGAUUUCUCCAGGACAGCAGGGGAUUCCAGGAUGGAGACU